CAAGGAAAAGCACGAAUGGGUGCAUUUCCUACUGCAUUUCAUUACGCAUGCGCUUUUGCAUCACAUGUGCCGCUGUUAUUGGAGAAUUUGUUUUGUGGCUUUCACGGAAUAACAAUCCUGUCAAACAAGACUCAGUUACAUCAUCAUGUCCACAGAAGAGACAAAAGCAGAAGGACUUGAUGGCAAGCAUGCACCAUCUGCCACCACAACUAGCAGCAGCUCAGCACCUUCAAAGUCAUCUCAGCCACUGAAACCUAACUACACACUCAAGUUUACACUAGCUGGACAUACAAAGGCAUUAUCUUCUGUUAAGUUUAGUCCAAAUGGAGAAUGGCUGGCAAGCUCAUCGGCUGACAAACUUAUUAAGAUUUGGGGUGCUUAUGAUGGAAAAUUCGAAAAAACUAUAAGUGGUCAUAAACUGGGUUUGUCUGAUGUGGCCUGGUCAACAGAUAGCAGAUUGUUAUGUAGUGCAUCAGAUGACAAAACUCUUAAAAUAUGGGACUUCGCAACAGGCAAGUGCCUUAAGACUCUAAAGGGUCAUAGUAAUUAUGUCUUUUGCUGCAAUUUCAACCCACAAUCAAAUCUCAUUGUGUCUGGCUCAUUUGAUGAAAGUGUUCGAAUCUGGGAUGUGAAGACUGGAAAAUGUUUGAAAACUCUGCCUGCACAUUCAGACCCAGUUACAGCAGUUCAUUUCAACAGAGAUGGCUCUCUCAUUGUUUCCAGUAGUUAUGAUGGCUUGUGCCGGAUAUGGGAUACUGCAUCAGGACAGUGUUUAAAAACACUGAUUGAUGAUGACAACCCACCAGUGUCGUUUGUCAAGUUUUCUCCUAAUGGAAAGUAUAUUCUUGCUGCCACUCUAGACAACACCUUGAAAUUGUGGGAUUACUCAAAAGGAAAGUGUUUAAAAACUUAUGUUGGACACAGAAAUGAGAAAUACUGUGUUUUUGCCAACUUCUCAGUUACUGGUGGAAAGUGGAUAGUAUCAGGAUCUGAGGACAAUAUGGUCUACAUCUGGAAUCUUCAAACAAAAGAGAUUGUGCAGAAACUGCAAGGCCACACAGAUGUGGUUUUAUGUUGUGCCUGUCACCCCACUGAGAACAUCAUUGCUUCUGCUGCCCUGGAAAAUGACAAGACCAUCAAAUUGUGGCGCAGCGAUGUAUAGCAAACAAAUAUUUACCAUAACCUUUUUCCACCAUCAUGGCUUGCUUCAACAACUUUUGACGAUGCCUCUGCCAGAAACGGAUGUCAAGGAACUGGGUUCUCAUCACUACAGCUUGUACGCACAUGGGUUACACCAAUUUCUUCUGUUCACUCCCUUGGUUAUAACACCUUGUAGAAGCUUUGCCUGCUACAUGAUCUGUGUUCCAAAGGGACUGGUGCAGCUUGUGCAUCAGGCUGACCAAUGACACUGCAGUUGACAUCUGGGAUUUGGUUGGAUAGUAUAUACAUGCAGAUCAUUGGUCAGACAUGGCCACAAGACAGGACACAGGAAUUGAGCAUGAAGGGAAGCAACUGCUGUAACCUUGCACCAACAAAAGGAUUUGCAUCCAUGCAGCUGUUCUGGUAGCCUAAUUCAGAAUGUGUGGACCGACAACUGUCGCAUUUGUCAAGAAACUGAAAUGGUGGCUUUAAUUAAAUGGAAGACAUUGUGACAAGUUUUUUUAGAGACAUGGUUAGAGUUUUUAUAAACAUUAAGUUAAUAUGAAGCACCACUGAAAAAUUUGGAUUUUAAAAGAGUCUAUUGUCUCCAUGAAAAGUUUCAAUAUUUGCAGGAAUGCUUACAGUACAGUUUAAAAUGACAGCCUUCUGCUUUUUUUUGUGUGUAAUUUGGCUGGGCGAAUGUCUCAGUAUCUUGCAUGUAUGAGUCUUAGCCUUUCAUUACUUCCUUUAGCAGCUAAAAGAACGGCAGCAAACUUCUUCUGCAGGAUGUGAUCGCAUUUAGGGUUGGGGACAAGAUUUGGGCACUGCGUGAAAACCCAGUUGAGUUCUUGAAAUUAUGCAUUGUUUUAAUUAAUCUGAUUAGUGUUCAUCAUAAGGUGCAUGUGCUUCAGAUCUUGGCUGCAAGCUGUUACCUACACCUCCAGGGUAGUCAUUGUGGUAUGGUGCUUCUGCCAGAUACAGUCCCUUGUGUUUGGCACACCUUAUGUAGUGGCAUGAGGAGGCUGGUAUUUACAGUUACUAAAAUGCUUGGCAUCCAUGAUCAACAUGUCAUAUAAUAGAGAACACGUCUUGGUGUGGAAGUUCAACCCAAGUCUUAAUAAUAAUAAUUCCUGUUGUUACAUUGCUGCAUAGAUAAAUCUGUGGAGUUGUUAAACUAAAUCUUUUAAACAAAGCUGAGACUAUGAUGCUUUAUUAAAGUCUUGGUUAUCGCUUCAAUGUAUAUUUUAUGAUGUACUUUAUAUUUUAAGUGACAUGCUCGAAAUAUGCAUGUGACAAAAUAAGCAAUCAGUGGGCUUUGGCCAUAUUCUGUGCCUGGUUCUUUAGUCUAACCAGAAAAUUCCUCAUCGUAAAGUUGGUAAGAAGAUAGGUUUGGUGGCAGACCCUAUAUUUCUCACCAUGCAUUGAUGCCAAUAAUGAUAUGAAUUG